GACAACAGAGGGCGCUAAUGAUGAAUUUUCGGCCAUGGAAAGUUUUGACAGGGUUGAACAACUAAUUGCCGACGUCAACCAGUGCAUUGAAACCAGCCAAAGCCUAUGUGAGAGAGUCUGCAAGGAUCUGCGCCCUCUUCUUCAUCAACCCUGGCCUCCGAAGGAAAAACCAUCACCAAAACCUUCCCCUCAAACAGAUAGCAGUGUCGGUGACCAUGGUGAUGCUGUAUCAUUAGAGGAUGCGGAAACUCUCGCUAAGGUGGAGCUGGCGUUGGUCAGGGCCCAGAAGGCUCGAGACCUUCAGCGGAAGCUGAAUCCUGUGGUGGAGCUUCAUAAAGAAGACAAAACAACAUCAGAGCCUGAAGAAGAGAAUCCACCAAAAAGUCAAACAAUCGACGGACAAGAGUUUGCCGUCAUUUCCCAGUCGGAUCUUCAAAAACUAUUCAGAGAUGAUGCGCUUAAACUUUCAGAGAAAAAAGCAAACACUUCAGCUACGAAGCCAAGACUUGGCCCAGCACAGGCCAGAGCUGCUUAUAGCGCCAAAGUUCCUCGUCCGUCAACAAAGUCCCGCUAUACAACCUCCUCAUCUGAUAUUGGAAAACACAAAAAUAAACUAAAAGCAACUUCAGCAGAUGGCAAGAAUGCAAACUCAAAAAUGAAACCUGUAAGUGAAAAAGACGCUGUUAGACAGAGGAGUGCAAACGUAGGUAUUUCAAAUAACCGGAUAAAGAAGCAACUUAAUGUUCGCAAUGAGAAUGAACUUGUGAAUGUUGACACUACAUUAGCUGAGGAACCAAAGACUGGAAACCUACGAUCUGCCGCAAAGCAUAACAGAACUGCUGUGAACACAACUGUCCAAGAAAAUCAGCCAAGAAUGAGAGAAAAGGUUAAACAAAGUUCUGUGAAUUUUUCAAACAAGAGCAGACAUGAGAGAGAAGUGCAUACUCAGUCGACCAAUGGAAGUGAGAAUCUUGCUCGUAAAAUGGCAAAACUGAAACUUACGGAUGAGGGCCCGUCAAAGCCAUUGGUUAUGGGAGUUACCAAGGAUGAAACAAGUGGAUUGGAAGAGCAGUCAAAGCCAUUUAUGCUGAAAUGGAAUGGAUCCGAUCUGAAGGUUUCUGGUAAGAUCAAAAAGUCUUAUUCCGUUAUCGCCAAACUUCGAUCUAAGCUCUCGUCAGAAGUUGAUUCAGUCAAGGAGUCCUCGCCUUCGCAGUAUUUCUUGCAUCGGAUGGAAUCAAAGUUUCAGCCGUCGCCGACAUCACUAUCUUUUAGAGAGGUCCAAGAGAGAAUAGAAAACUUGACCACGGAAUGUCGACAUGUCUUGCAAGUUGUGAAGACAGCCCUUUUGCAGAAUCAGCGACAAUCAGAAGAACCAUCGUUGGAGAGUAGGUAUACAGUUAAACUCUUCGCCGAGACCUUGAGAAAAAGGCUAGAAGAUCUGACAGUUGAAAUUCAAAAUGUCGUUGCAGCUGAGGAACAGUUACUCUCAAGUCAACACCGACGAGUCCCCAGCUCGAAGUCAUCAACUCCAUUCCAUGAGGGACUUCAGCAAUGGGAGAUCUCCACUCCAUCCAUCUCAAUAUUCCUUCCUGUCAAACAAUUUCAGGGCAGCGUUAGCCAGAUCCGCAGUGGUCAAGACAACUGCAGAAACAUUGAAUACUGCACUCUGAGAGAGCUACAGACGUUUUCCACUCUGCAACAUGAUGUACAGAGGUUGGCCCUUCAAAUUCAAAUAGAGAAGCUCAUCGGUGCAGAGAUCUUACCCAUAAUAGAGGUCCUGAACCCAUCCGAUACGAACUUUGUGCCCUUCUAUCGAUCAGUGUUCGGUCUACUCUGUCAUUGUGGACAACUCUACCCGUCAGUUAUCACAGACAACGUUGGUAAUACGAGUGAAGCGGAUGUUACCUGAUCAUCCUCACAGCUAGUCUUGGUUCAAGACCCUCCUGUUCUUAACAUCACAUGAUCCAUUAUCGCAAGGGGGAGUGUUCUCAACAUACAACACUAUUAUAGACCUUUUAACAAACCCAGUGCGCAAGCGCUAACUGUUGAAUGAGGUGCAUGCUGGUCUAGCUAGCGAUCAAACUUGAUUGCUAGCUAGACCAGGAAUCACCUCAUUCCAGGCCUAUAGCAGUAUUGGAGUCUGCUGGUUCUCGGGUUGAUUGCGUUUCUUUUUUAACAGCGCCCUCUAUUGGCAACUAUCAGUGAGAGAAAUUAACGGCAGGUGUACACCUUUCACAAUUUAAUAUUUGGAUUGGUUCAAUGAAACUUAUCUCCAAAGAGAUGCAGUACAUGGACAAAACUGUUGGAAUGGUUAUGCUAUCUUUCUGAUAAAUAUUUAACAACUUGGCCACUUCACUUGAAUAUGUUUGAACAUAAAAUGCAUUUAGAAAUGCUGCAGUUUAUUUUUGUGAGAAUUGUAUUGUUGAUUCUUGGAAAUGAAAAUGACAUAAAUAAUAAAACAUGAAUAUUAUUAUUAUUUGUA